AUCAAAUCGUUGGAUUUGUGUCAUGUCUAGGCAUGUUCCCGUAUCCUUUCCUGUGCUGUGCAACGGGUCCACGUGUACGCUGAGAUGUAAACAUUUUAAAAGUGACCAUGUCUGCUUUACCCUGGAGACACCACACAAGUCACGGUGUUGGUCAGGAUCGGAAUAGUUUGACAACCUCCAACAAAGAAGCGAGCAAGAUUUCUCACCAAGCAAAUGGGCGUAAAACGAGCAAAGCGAAAGAUAAUUCCAUAGAAUUACAUAAAGAAUGUGAUCAGAACAGAAGAAAAAGAAAAUCAGAUGAUAUUCUGGAACAUGACUGUGUUAGACCUAGUGAUGUUUUGGACUCUUUAUUGGAACAGACCGAUGAUUUGCAAACAAAAAGACCCAGAAGUAACCCACAGACAUGGACUGGGGGAGUGAAGUCUGCAGUAUUACUUGGUGACAGCUGGGAGGUUGACAGUGGCUUUUCAUCUGAGAUCAGUCCAUCCACUAGUGGCAGGAGUUCGCCAUUUGUGGGAAUUGAUCACUCAAACAUAGUAGCUAUGGACUGUGAAAUGGUGGGCACGGGACCUGGCGGCCGGUGUAGUGAAGUGGCACGCUGCAGCAUUGUUAAUUAUUACGGUAGUGUUAUUUAUGACAAAUAUAUUUUGCCUGGGCAGCGAGUCACAGACUACAGGACUCGAUGGAGUGGCAUUAGGAAACAUCAUUUAGCAAAAGCACUACCCUUUGAGGAGGCUCAGAAUGAGAUUGUUGGCGUCUUGAAAGGGAAGGUUAUUAUUGGUCAUUCCCUGUAUAAUGACUUCAAGGUUCUGGACAUCUCUGUUCCAGCACACAUGAUUAGGGAUACCUGCUCCUGCCGGCUGCUUCGAGAGUUGUAUGAAGCCUCACGUAGAUGCACGGUGUCUUUGAAGAAACUCUCCCAAAGGCUACUCAGUAGGAACAUACAGGUUGGCAGAAAGGGUCACUGCUCUAUAGAGGAUGCACGUGCCACCCUGGACCUGUACAAGCUGGUAGAGGACCAGUGGGAAAAGGACUUCUCCCAAGAUUCAACAGAUCAUACCUCAGACCCCAACUAUUCCCUUGAGUACUACAUGCAGGACCAGUAUUGGCCUCAAAGUGUAAUGGAUUGCAGUUUAUAACACAAUGCAGAAUAAGAGUUAGGACUGUGACAUUGUGAACCCCAUUGCUAGAAAAUGUAUUUCGUCUGGUAUAAUGUUAUUUAAACAUUGUUUAAUAUAUUUAAACAUCAAACGUGACAUGUUAACGUUGUUUAAGGCCACAUUACUAUGGUCUUGCUGUGAUAAUACAGGGGACCUUGUGAGCCUUAGGUUGUUGAACUGAAACGUUGCACUUGAAUUUUGUGAAAGUUAUUAAUGUUCAUUAAGGGAUUCGAAAAGGUAAUGUUUUAAAUAGCACCAUUUGAAUCGAGGUUUUCAAGAUUUGUGGGUUCAGUUACCAAAAUGUGUGUCAAUAUAUAAAGUCUGACAAUGACAAAGUGCUGCUUUUCCACAAUUUGCAGAUUCAACUACCUACUCCUGUUUUCACUGACAAUGCAUUCGUCCAAAAAAGACCAUGUGUAGUUUGGUUACAAAAUGUCUCAAUAAAACAUGUAUACAAAGUGAAUCUCAAAUUCAUUAUUCAUAGCCAGCAUAGUCCAUCGUACUGUUUCUAUCAGUUUUUAUGACAAAUGUAUAACAAGCUACUAUAAUGUUCUAAACAGAUCAAGUUUGUUAGUGUACUUUGUGGUCUGACAUUCUGGAAUAAUAACUAAUUCGAUCGCUUUAACCUAAAGC